AUGGCUGCAAAUGUUUCGAAAGAUGCUAAAUUUAUCAGACACACAGCAGUUACUCUGUCACCGGAGGAAUUACUGAAAUUGGAAAGUCGUAUUGCUGAAGAAGAUGCACGGAAGAAGAAACUGGAAGAAGUGUAUGAAACUCGUAAAAUGGAAAAUGAACGUCGGCUACAGCUCGAAUCGCAGUUGGAAAAGGCUUUUGCACUCGAGAUUGAAGCCAAACGUGAAGCAGCUGCAGCAGCAAAUGUAGCGAGCUCCACCACCGCAUCUGUUGCUCUGCCAACUCAUCUGCAACAAGAUAGCGCUGAUUCGACAAGGCCAGUUGACCUAGAAGAAAGACGAUAUGUUUGGGAGCCCGAUCUGGACCGAAUCACUGAGCCUGCUGAACCACCUGUUCGUCUUAAUCAGCUGCAAUCGCUCCUUGAUGAGGUAAAUGCCAGUCUGAAUUCAAAUUCAGCCGACUUUUUGGGUGAAACGCUUGUUGGCGAUGAUGGACGUAUACGUCUCAGUGAUUGGCAGCAAACUAUUCGUGCUCGCGGCACCUCAGCUAGAGUGAGCUUUAAACUUUGGGAGCGUGUUUUACAUCAGCCGGGUCAAACUGACUGGUGA